ACCCCUGACCCCCCGCCUGACAUAGUGACAUAGCUUUCCGUCGUCUACACGUCUUCAUCAUCCUCCUCCUCCUAAUUCACUUCCAUAAUUUAUUAAUUACACUAUCUAUCUCACAUGUGAUUAUUUCUAUAAAAAUUAUAAGUAAAUUAUUUUACAUACAUAUAUAUUCCAAAUAAAUAUCACCAUUUUUUUUUUUAUAGUAAAUCAUAAUCAUCUUACUAAUAAUUCAAUAAUUAUCAGUUUAUAACCUGAUUUUAGUGUUACAUCAAUAAAUUAUAAUAACAUUCAUUCAUUUCACUGAAAACGACGUCGUAUGCUUACAAGAUGAAUAACGUCGGUGAUAUAUGUUCGUCGGAGACGGUCGCCGGCGGCGAAAAUGUAUUCAGUCGUGAUGAAUCCAACCUUUCAACCGCCGAUCAUCUCGUCGUCAUGGUCAACGGAAUCCUUGGAAGUUCUGCCGACUGGAAAUUUGCUGCAGAGCAGUUUGUUAAAUCAUUACCUGACAGAGUGUUUGUUCACCGUAGUGAAAGAAAUGCAGCGUCUCAAACACUAGAUGGUGUUGAUGUGAUGGGUGAACGAUUAUCUCAGGAGGUUUUAGAAGUGAUUAAACAAAAGCCAAAUCUUCGAAAGAUUUCUUUUGUUGCACAUUCUGUGGGAGGUUUAGUGGCAAGAUAUGCUAUUGGGAGAUUGUAUAGGCCUCCAAGAGAAGAUGCAGAAGAUUUGUCAACCGAAAGUUGUGGAGAAGCAAAGUCCACCAUUGGUGGUUUGGUUCCAAUGAACUUUAUUACUGUUGCAACACCUCAUCUUGGUUCAAGGGGCAAUAGGCAGGUGCCUUUUCUUUUUGGCGUAUCUGCCUUAGAAAAAGCUGCUGUUCUUGUUAUACAUUGGAUAUUCAGAAGAACUGGCAGGCACCUUUUCCUUACAGAUAAUGAUGAAGUAAAGCCUCCACUACUUAAACGCAUGCUGGAAGAUGACGGUGAUUGUUAUUUUAUGUCAGCAUUACGCUCAUUCCAUCGCCGGGUCACAUAUGCAAAUGUUGGAUAUGACCAUAUUGUUGGCUGGAGAACUUCGUCAAUUAGGCGCAAUAUAGAACUCCCAAAGUGGGAGGACGCGGUAAAUGAGAAGUAUCCUCAUAUUGUGUAUGAAGAACGCUGCAAGGCUUGUGAUUUUGAGCAGGAUUCAACAUAUGGUGAUAAUGCAUCUGAUGUGGAAGAGGAACUGGUGACCGGUCUUUCUCGUGUAUCAUGGGAAAAAGUAGAUGUCAGUUUUCGUGAUAGUAGUUCGAGGUUCUCUGCUCAUAGUGUUAUUCAGGUGAAGGAUCACAACCUGCAUACAGAUGGGGCAGAUGUUAUUCAACAUAUGAUUGAUCAUUUUUGUCUUUAGUAGUGCUGCCUGUUAUCUAACAUUUAAUGGUCCUGGCCCAGAGCAUCUCUUAAUCUCUUAUUAAAGGAAAAGUGUUCAAAAGAUGGCCCAUCAAACAUACAAGGUUACAUACUUAGGGGUUAUACAAAGUGGUUUGUAAUGCAUAUCAGAAUCAGUAGGGGAAUCAAUGGGAGUAGUGAACUGAACUGUAUAUUUUUGUAAUACUCUGUUCUUUUAUUACAAAACACUACCUCCUCAUUUAUCA